GGGGAGCGGGGGAACCAGCUGUACUCUCUCUCGGUCUCUCUCUCUCUCUCGGCAGUUGUGACGUCUGGGCUAGAAAUCUUUCAAAACCCUCCAAGAGCCAGGCAAGGCGCUUGCUCCCCUUCUCGGAGAUCAAGAAUGUAGUCGGCUUCCUCCUGCCUCCCCAGCCUACUUCAGGGAAAACAGGCUUGAAAGGCAAAGGCCCGAGACAUCAUGCUGAUUUGCAGUUCUGUCUUUCUUGCCUGGAUCACCGUGGCCAGUCAUGUUGCGGGACAAGUGCAUGGGCAAGGGUCAAGCCGGUUAAAGCUGACAGUCCUGUCUGAAGAUAGGUUACAGAUGAAAUGGAAAGAGACUGAAGGGAACAUCAUUGGGUACAAGGUUCGAGUGAAGCCCAUGGCAGGUGACUCCGAGCAGGAAGUCAUGCUGAAAACCAAAACGCCGAAAGCCACGGUUGGGGGGUUGAGCCCCACAAAAGAAUAUACUCUGCACAUCUAUGUGCUCAACAGCUCACAGGAAGCCCUGUUUGCCAAGAGGAAAUUUGUGAUUGAAGAGCUGAAAAACCUCUCUCAGGCUCGAAAUAACCGGAGGAACACAGCAACUGGCCCAGAAAAGAGCCUCGCCUCACUUGGAAACACAGCAACUGAGUCGGAGCCAGAGACAUCUUCCCCGGCCCAGAGUGAAUCCUUCACGCAGACAGCAAAGGACAGGCCAGAAAAGAAGAGACAGAAGUCCACUGUAUCUAAGAGCUCAAGUGAGAAACCCCAGAGCAAGCCAAGCACUGGGUUAGGCAUGACAGAAGCAACCCCGACGACCAUGAAAACACCGCAGCACGGCCAGACAAAAUCUGAGCGAGAAGAUCUCAGCAAAGAAAAACCCACAAAGGAAACGUUAAGAAGAGGCCCUCACUUCCAGUGCGACUCCUCUGCCAUGACUGACGUUGUCCUGCUUGUGGAUGGAUCUUGGAGCAUCGGGCGCAACAACUUCAGGCUCAUCAGAGAGUUUCUGAGCACCUUGAUUUCCCCUUUCAAUGUUGCCCGGGACAAGAUACAAAUAGGCUUGUCGCAGUACAGCGGUGACCCGCGGACAGAGUGGAACCUGAACACGUUUGCUACCAAAGACGAGGUGUUGGAGGCAGUGAGGAGCCUGCGGUAUAAAGGAGGCAACACGUUCACAGGUCUCGCUUUGACUCACGUCCUCGAGCAGAAUCUGAAGCCAGAAGCUGGCGCUAGGUUGGAGGCAGUUAAGCUGGUGAUCCUCCUGACUGACGGAAAGUCCCAGGAUGAUGCCAACCAGCCUGCCCAGACCUUGAAAAACUUGGGCGUAGAAAUAUUUGCUAUUGGGGUGAAAAAUGCAGAUGAGGCAGAGUUGAGGCAGGUGGCCUCGGAGCCCUUAGAGCUCACGGUGUACAACGUGCUGGAUUUCCCUCUGCUCAGCUCGCUGGUCAGCAGGCUCACCCAGGUCCUGUGCAGCAGGAUCAAAGAGAGGAGCAAGAGUGAAAACACAGUACCGUUGCCUCCCCCUGUUUCCUUGAGAGCAUCCGAGGUGAACCACAACAGUAUAAAACUAAGCUGGCAGCCGGCAGAUGGAGCUACUCAAUACCUGGUGCUCUGUUCAGCAGGACUCAAAGGAGCAGAGGACGAUACAAAAGAGGUGAAGGUGGACCGGCCUGAGGUCCUGCUGGAUGGACUGGCGCCCAGCACCGAGUACUCCAUCGUGGUGUAUGCGAUGUACGGGGAAGAUGCAAGCGAUCCUGCCAGCAUCCAGGAAACCACCUGGGCCUUAAGCCCCCCCAGGCACCUCAGUUUCUCAGAGAUCAGCCACGGGUCUGUCCGGGUCAGCUGGGAAGCUGCAUCGCCUGAUGUGAAAGCACACCGUGUCACCUAUGUCUCCAGCCAAGGGAGCAACACUGGGGAGGUCCGAGUUGCUAGCGGAGCAUCCUCCGCCACUCUGAAACCUCUGUCCUCUCUCACCCGGUAUUUCAUCAGCGUCAGGUCUGUUUAUGAUGAAGGUGACUCUUUCCCGCUCACCGGCAAUGUUACCACGACAAAAGUUCCUCCACCGAGCGCUGUGAAGGUUACUGAGCUCUCCGGAAACUAUGUCCGCCUGCAAUGGGAAGCGGCCGCGGCCUCCGAUGUGGUUGUCUAUCAGAUUAAGUGGAACGUGGUUGGCGAGGAGAAAUCUCAGGAGCUCUCUGUUGCUGGCAAUGUGGCCAAUGCUGUUUUGCCAGGGCUGAAGAAGAACACAGAAUACCAGAUAUCGAUGUGGGCAUAUUACAAGGAUGGUGCACGGAGCGACACGGUCUCUAUUCAGCACAGGACCAGUUCCAGGAAUCCACCCACCAACCUGUUCAUCGAUUCGGAGACCACCAGCAGCCUGCAGAUCCAUUGGACACCCCCAGACGGCCGCAUCCAGCACUACAGAGUGACCUAUGCCCCUAAAUCUGACGAGAGCGCUCGGGAAACAAUAAUAGCUUCUGGGAAAAGUAGCGGUGUGACCCUUCAGUCUCUGCUCCCCAGCAUGGCAUACAAGGUGAUGGUUUCUGCCAUCCACAACACAGGAGAGAGCGACACCGUGUCCACUACUGGCCAAACUGCUUCUGCAUUGACUAAAUUCCCUUCAACACGAGGAUUUCUUCCCUUCAAAAUGGAGGCUUGCCCCACUCUCAACUCUGUCAAAGGAUCUCUACAAGGAUUUGAUAUAAUGGAGGCUUUUGGACUGGUGGAGAAGGAAUAUGCCUCCAUUAAAGGAGUGGCUAUGGAACCGUAUGUGUUCAGUGGCUCCCGGACUUACACUUUGUUCAGAGAUACUCAGCUGACCCGGAGAACCAGUGAAACGCACCUUCCUGGGAUCCCACCUGAGCACACCAUCAGCUUCGUCCUCCGGCUCCUGCCAGAGACUCCUAAAGAGCCCUUUGCUGUGUGGCAGAUAACAGAUGAAGACUUCCAGCCUCUCCUUGGUGUUAUACUUGACUCCAGUAAGAAAUCCUUGACCUAUUUCAAUCAUGACUACAAGACUGAUUUACAGGAAGUCAUCUUUGACCAACAGGAAGUGAAGAAGAUAUUCUAUGGGAGCUUUCAUAAGGUGCACGUAGCCGUGAGCCAUUUCAAGAUCAAACUCUACCUGGACUGCAGGAAAAUAGCGGAGAGACCAGUCAAUGCGGUGGGCAGCAUCUCCACUGCGGGCUUUGUCAUGCUGGGGAAACUCACAAGGACCAGAGGACCGAGGAGCGGGUCGGCCACCUUCCAGCUGCAGUCUUUGCAGAUUGUGUGCAAUGCUUUGUGGGCAGAGGAUGACCCAUGUUGUGAGCUCCCUGCACUGAGAGAUGAAGAGACGUGUCCUGCCUUGGCUCCUGCCUGUACCUGCAUGUCCAGUGUCCCAGGCCUGCCAGGUCCCCCCGGGCCUCCUGGCAGUCCGGGGCGGAGAGGACCUCAAGGGGAGCAGGGGCAACCAGGCCCCAAGGGUGAGCCAGGCCCUCCCGGACAGGUCGGCCCCCAGGGUCCUGGAGGACAGCAAGGCUCUCCAGGAUCUCAAGGAAUCACCGUGCAAGGUCCAGUGGGACCACCAGGGAUCAAAGGGGAGAAAGGAGACACAGGAAUCCCAGGCAUGCAGGGUAUUCCUGGUGUCCAGGGAGCUCCAGGCAGAGAUGGCCUUCAGGGAGCAAAGGGGGUGAGAGGACUGGAGGGCACAGCCGGGCCUCCGGGACCACCCGGACCAAGGGGUUUCCAAGGCAUGGCAGGCUCUCGUGGCGGCGGUGGAGAGAAAGGACCUCCAGGGGACGUUGGACCAACUGGGCUGCCUGGUCCCAAAGGAGAAAGGGGCGAGAAGGGUGAACCACAGUCUCUGGCCACAAUUUACCAGCUAGUUAGCCAGGCUUGUGAGCGGAUGAUUCAGACUCACGUGUUGAAGUUCGACUCAUUCAUCCAUGAACAUACCAGGAAGCCAGUCCCCAUGUGGGAUGAGAGGUUGACGCCAGGAGAGCCUGGACUGCCAGGUCUUUCAGGUCCCCCUGGAAGCAGAGGAGAAGGAGGAGAAGAUGGCUUCCCAGGACUGCCAGGCAAAGAUGGGUAUCCAGGAGAAAGAGGAGGACCAGGACCAAGGGGUGCAAAGGGGAUGCCUGGAGCAAAUCGGGAAGGAGUCCAAGGACCCAGGGGACGAGCAGGACCACCAGGAGAAGCCGUUGUAGGGAAACCAGGUCCGAACGGGGCCCCUGGAAGUGCUGGCCCACGUGGCUUUUCUGGUGACAGAGGCCAGCCAGGGAAGACUGGCUAUCCAGGGGGCUGCAAUCUCUCUGGAUGCUAUGGGGCAAGUACCAGAGAUUUCAUCCCAUGAUGGUUGGUUGAUGGGCUGCUUGCACAGUUCUUUCCUUUGGAGACCUUGGCCUGAAUCUUCUAUAUAUAAACUGCAAUUUGAACACCAAAUGUGUAUUCCCCCCUCCCCACUUGCAUUGAAUUUUUGUAUGGGUGCAGAGUUUCAAAACUAGAGUCCCCAAACCAGACUGUAAAUCGAUCGUCCUCUCUUUCAUGCCCGUUUCCUUUAUUAUCUACAAACAUUUGAAUUGGGCAACUGCUGCGACUGAACUGAUGUCCUACAACAGGAUUAAGAAGCACAGUCAAGAGGUUCAAGCUGUUAGAUUUGCCAGAGGGGUUGAGCCAACAGAAGCAUUAAUGGUAUUGAAACGUUCAGAAACAGCCAGGAUGAAUCUCUCAUAUUUGUCCACUUGUGAUUGAUUUAUCAGUCAUGGCUGUUGCUGAGAGCAGUGCUAUAAAGUGCUAAAAAUGCAAUUUCUUACAGUGGGAGCAAUUCCAUGUUACCUAGUUGGGUACAAUGGCACAGAGCUUAACACCAUUUCUACUGUCUUUGGAGCAAUACUGGGGUCACCCUCCCAGUUUCACUGUAUAUCCAAUUACUGAACAAUGGGAUCGCCUCUUCCCAGGAACGCUGAAAGCCCCAUGACUUGAGAUGUAUUCAACUAGACUAGACUAGAAAAAGCACUAGAAAAUAUAGAGUGCAAUGGACUGUGUUUGAGCAGGCAUCCCGGGCCUUCUCCACUCCUGCCUACAUUGCCAUAUUAACACUUAUACACCAUCAUAUAAAACACCUUGUAAUGCUAGGCCUUGCUUUUACCAAUGUGAUACAGAGGGAACUGUUACUAGAUGACAUUGCAUGGCCAACAAUCCAUCAACAUGUAAUAACACCAAAUUGUGUUGAUACUAGUAAUAUGAAGACUUAAUUGCAAUUUGUUUGCUAUUGCUUUAUCCUGUGCCAGCUUCUUCUGCCCCCACAGUGUUAACUGCUGUCAGGCUAUUGCUUCUGAAACUGGACUGACACAAAGAGGAGGACAUCCCAUGAACAAAGCGGCACCAGCCUUUGUACAAGUAGCAAGAGGCAAGAAGGAUCAGUGCAGAUUUUCAACAAAACUUAGACUCACAAAGCAGAGGGUGUACAUUACCGUGCAUUUACAUGUGCAUGUUCUUCUGACUAUCCACGAGUUGUUUAGCUGUGCAUACACGUGGCUAAUCGUGGUAGAGUUUGUACGUGCGACUGUGCUAUUUGCACCUGCACUGUUGGCAAGCGUGCAUGGCUAACUCCUGAAAUCUUAACCCAGGCCGAUCCAAGAGUUUGGAUUCUGGUUGCUGGGCACCCCACAAUACCCAAGAGAGAAGUUUUUAAAAAUUAAAUGGCUUAGACCUCUAGCUAAAUAUUAUUCGGUAGCCUUAUUGAAGUCUGCUGCUGUUUCCUGUAGGCAUCUGUCUGUCUCACGAGACAGUAGAAUUACACUGAGCGAGACAUCGGCUCGCUGAAAGUAAUCCUCACUUGAAAGAUGAAGCACAGCUUUAAUCAUCCCAGAUUUGUAUAGACAGUCAUAAGCCAGGUACAGGACAAUUCACAAAACACAAAAACACGAUCAGUACAUCCUAUAAAUAUUUAGAAUAAUUUUAAUUGGACUCCAUUAACUUCAACACUACUAAUUCUCUAGGGCUCUCUAGAACCCACUCCCUAGGGUGACUAUUUGAAGUACGAUCUGCCUUCUGUACUGUAAAUAUAGAAAAGCGGAGAGAAAUAAUACUUCUGUAGAGGUCGCCUUUCCUGGUUCCUUAAAAGCUUGCCAAUUCUGCUUUAAGUGGCACUUCUGCAAAUGGUAAUCUUUACAAUUUAGACCAAGUGUCAUCAGGGCAAGAUCCCCAGGCAGAAGAAAAAGGAGAGAGAAGAGGAACAGAAAUACAAAUCAUGGAGGCGAUGCUUAAAACAAGAUGCACUUAAUGGGCUAGACAUACUUGCAUACGUUACAUCUGAGAAUGCUUUGAUUUGUAAAGGUCAAGGAGCUUUUGUUCUUUCUGUUUCUGCUUUUCAAGGAAAGGGGAAGAGUCUCAAAAUAAGUCUCCAGGCCCUACGUGAACUUGUGUGCUGAACACUUCUUUGUUUCUCUGUUGUUUAUUAAACUUCUUGAGAAACAAAACACUUCAGAGGAGGGCUGCACUCUGGGAAAGGAAAAGGGUUGGAAAAGGGCUUUCUGUGCACUUUUAGAAACAAAUCGAAAUUGUGCCCAUAAAAACCUUGUGGGCUGUGGAAAGCAAGUCACUUCAUGAGCAGAGCACGCCGCUGGGCGGGUAAGGGCAUGGGUUUCUGUGGAAGACACAAACCAGAUUCCCUCUUCAUACUUGCAGUUUUGCAAGAGCAAAUUAUUUGAUGCAUUUAUGUUUAAAGCCAUCUCUCGAGGGCAUCAUUAAUAUCACUUAUGGACCUGGCUAGUGGCUGCCUGAUUUGGGAUCUAAUGAGUGGCUAGACUCAAGUAGCAUUAGUUUUGUCUGGUCAUUGGAGACACACCAGGGAUCAUGUUUUAAACAUCUGGUCCCACGUGGAAUAUUGCAGGGGGAUCCAAACAGGGAACGGAUGCAUUUGAGCUCCAACAUACAGCUCUUGGGGAAUAUUAUCUGUACAGCCGCUCAUGUGUUACAGGUGAGACGUGAACAGCUUUGGUAAAAAGGUAACUUUGGGGAAUUAUAGUUACCUUGAACAAAUCAAGAUGACAGGACUCAGUGCAGCAAACAGUGGAAAGUCAUCCUACAUAAAGACACAGUGACAAUUCCCAAGCACCAGGAGGGAAGAUGCAUUCAUUCCCGGAGGAAGGAAGGAAGGAAGUCCCCCAGCUCUGGGCUGGCUGGUUUCCUGAUGGGCAUGACAUGUUCAGAAUGAGAAUUGGGGAAAGUGGCAGAUUGAAAACCUGCAAGUGAUAAGACUGGAGAAGAACUGGGUACUAUUCAAACAACUGCAGCUGGGAGUAGGAGCGUCCAACUCCAAACAGAUGACUCAUGCACAGAUGGGAUUACCGUGCCAGGGAUGCCCUGUCCACCAGAAAUUCAGCCAUUCAUUAGAAGUGGCAGCUGAAUACAAAUACUAACAGGUCCUUCCACGUGCAUUUGGGUGUGAGAAGGGGAUAAACUAACAGCUCUCUCUCUAAAACGAUGUAGUUGUAUUCAUGGAAACCACCAAUCAAACAAAAAAAAAAAUCAUCCAUCUCCUGCAGUUAGCAAGCAUACGCUGGUUGUAUCACACUUUGAAGGAAAUGCUUGUCUACAUCCUGUGUUUGUAGUACAAGACCAGACUCAUUCAAGAAGUGAAAGGGAGUUUAUUUUUAUUUUCGUGUUAAUGGGCAGAACUUCCGUUUGUUAAGAGCCAUCUGCAAUACACUUGCCAGAGAAAAGGACUUCAGACUACCAGUCAAUGAAAUCAGUGGUGAGCCAGUUACUGCACGCUGUGAAUGUCACAAUCGGGUCCUAAAUUAUACACAUGAUUAAGUGACAAAUUACUGCAUUUCUGUAGCUAUAGAAAUACAGCAUUUCACAAUGACUACAUUGCAUUAUUACACACCAACUCUAUAUACGGGAAAAUGCUGCUUCAUGUCAUAGACCAUUUUUUUCCUUUUCCAGAGGCAAUUCAUACAGGUACCCAGCUAGUAACUGUAGGACAGGGCACAGCAUUAAGUGAUGGGCGAGAGACAAGUUUUCCAAGGAGAUUAGAAAAAUCAGUGAUACGGCUAAUGCUGUUUCAGGUUUGGGGGGGCGGUGGGGACUAAGGAGAAGGCUUUCAACCCAGCACUGUCAAUAUAAUGUGGAGGGAAUAUAAGCAGAG